UCAACAGCAUUUUGAAAAAAAAAAAACAAGAUAAAAGAUAAAAGGAAAAAGAAAAACCCUAAAGCCCCCAGCCAUCGACCCUCCCGCUGUGCGAUCCCCCGAGUAACGGAGCUCGUCCCCCAAGUCUUUCCACCGUCGCGAGCAACGUAGCCACCGCUUUUACCGCGCCGAUUUCAACCCACCUGUAAGCCAAGCUCCUCCAUGUUUCGACCGAUGGUUCCAAAUCAGCAUGGACAGCCAUUUAUUCCAUCUUCACAACAAUUUCAACCAGUUGGACAGGGUAUUCCACCUCCGAACUUAGGAAUGCAUCCUGCUCAUAGUCAGCCAGUGCAGUUUUCUCAACAGAUGCAGCAGUACCCUCCUAGGCCUAGUCAGCCCGGUCAUCCUAUGCCUUCAUCGCAGGGUUUACCAAUGUCGUACAUUCAGACAAGGCCAAUUGCACCUGGCCCACCACAGUCUCAGCAACAUGCUGCCCCUUUUACUAAUCAGAUGCCUCCUGGUGGUGCAAUGCCUUUUUCUUCUUCAUAUUCCUAUGCACCAUCUUCUUUUGUCCAGCCACAGAAUAAUGCCAGCUCGGUGUCACAGUUCCAGCAAAUGUCUCAAAUGCAAGCACCUACAGCACCUGGUCCUGGACAACCUUGGCUGUCCUCUGGAAUUCAUAGUGCACCACCUGUUGCUCCAGGACAGCAGGUUGGCCAACCGCCUUCUGCUGCUUCUUCUGCAGACGCUGCAACAAAUGUUCCUAGCACUACCCAGCAGUCAUCAUCUGAUUGGCAAGAGCAUACAUCCUCUGAUGGAAGAAGAUAUUAUUACAAUAAAAGAACUAAACAAUCUGUUUGGGAUAAGCCUGUGGAAUUGAUGACACCUAUUGAGAGAGCUGAUGCAUCAACUGUAUGGAAGGAGUAUAGUUCUCCAGACGGAAGAAAGUACUAUUACAACAAGGUCACAAAACAAUCCAAGUGGACGAUACCCGAGGAAUUGAAGCUUGCUCGGGAACAAGCUCAGAAAGAAUCUAGCCAAGGAAUGCAAUCAGAAACUGGUUUAGCUUCUCAUGGUCCUGUUGCUGUUGGUUCAUCUGAAAUGCCCAGUGCUGGUACUCCGGUGGCCUCUGGUGCUCCUUUGGUGGCAACUGGGGUUGCAUCAAGCCCAGUUGCUGUUACGCCUGUGGCUUCCUUACCAAAUUCUUCAAUGACAAUUUCUGGAUCAUCAGCUACCCCUGGUUCACAGUCUGCUGUAGCAAGUGCUGUUGCAGUUCAACCUCCCAUGGUAACCGUGACUCCUUUGAAUCCUGCUAUUUCGGGAAGUACUGGAGUUUCACCUGCUCUGGGAAAUGCCAAUACGACACCAGUGAGAACAUAUGACAAUCGAGUGUCACAAGAUAUUGCAAGUUCGGUAGAUGGAGCUUCCAUACUGGAUAUUGAGGAGGCAAAAAAAGGCAUGGCAGUUGCGGGAAAAAUAAAUGUAACUCCUGUGGAGGAGAAACCAGUAGAUGAUGAACCUUUAGUAUUUGCUAAUAAGCAGGAGGCAAAAAACGCAUUCAAAUCACUUUUGGAAUCUGCAAAUGUUCAGUCUGAUUGGACCUGGGAACAGGCAAUGAGAGAAAUUAUCAAUGACAAAAGAUAUGGUGCUCUGAAAACACUAGGUGAGAGGAAGCAAGCAUUUAAUGAGUACUUGGGUCAAAGGAAGAAGCUGGAGGCUGAAGAGAGGCGCAUGAGGCAGAAAAAAGCUAGGGAAGAAUUCACGAUAAUGUUGGAAGAGUCCAAAGAACUCACAUCAUCCACCAGAUGGAGCAAAGCUGUAAGUAUGUUUGAAAAUGAUGAACGCUUCAAGGCUGUUGAACGAGCUAGAGAUAGAGAAGAUCUUUUUGAAAGCUACAUUGUGGAACUUGAAAGGAAGGAGAAAGAAAAGGCUGCAGAAGAGCAUCGUCGGAAUGCAGCAGAAUACAGGAAAUUUCUAGAAUCUUGCGACUUCAUUAAGGUGAAUAGCCAGUGGCGAAAAGUUCAAGUUCGCCUGGAGGAUGAUGAGAGAUGCUUGCGCCUUGAGAAGCUUGAUCGCUUGCUCAUUUUCCAGGACUACAUCCGUGACCUGGAGAAGGAAGAAGAGGAACAAAAGAAGAUACAGAAGGAACAAUUGAGGCGAGUUGAGAGGAAAAACCGUGACGAGUUUCGCAAGCUUAUGGAAGAACAUAUUGAUGCUGCUGCUCUUACUGCUAAAACUCCAUGGCGGGAUUAUUGUUUGAAGGUUAAGGAUUUGCCUCAGUAUGAAGCUGUUGCAUCAAAUACCUCUGGCUCAACACCUAAAGACCUGUUUGAGGAUGUUACUGAAGAAUUAGAGAAACAGUAUCAUGAUGACAAAGCUCGUGUGAAAGACACACUGAAGUUGGGGAAGGUUUCCUUUGAAUCCAGCUGGACAUUUGAUGACUUCAAGGCAGCUAUCUUGGAAGACAUUGGUUCUCCUCCAAUAUUAGAGAUAAACUUAAAGCUUGUAUAUGAGGAGUUACUAGAGAGAGCCAAGGAGAAAGAGGAGAAAGAAACUAAAAAGCGUCAACGUCUUGCUGAUGACUUCACUAAGCUAUUACACAGUAAAAAGGAAAUAACUACAACUUCUAAUUGGGAGGAUUGUAGACAACUUUUUGAAGAGUGCCAAGAAUACAGAGCAAUUGGUGAGGAGAGCGUGACAAGGGACAUUUUUGAGGAAUACAUUACACACCUACAGGAGAAGGCUAAAGAGAAAGAACGGAAGCGCGAGGAAGAAAAAGCCAGAAAAGAAAAGGAGAGGGAGGAGAAGGAGAAGCGAAAAGAGAAGGAGAAGGAUAGAGAUCGUGAAAGGGAAAAAGGGAAGGAACGAUCUAAGAAGGAAGAUACAGAUAGUGAGAACAUGGACAUAACUGAUAGCCAUGGUAAUAAAGAGGAUAAGAAAAGGGAAAAAGACAGAGACAGAGACAGAGACAGGAAACACCGGAAGCGGCAUCAAAGUGCUACAGAUGACAUAAGUUCAGAUAAGGAUGAGAAAGAAGAUUCUAAGAAACGCAAACAUAGCAGUGACCGCAAAAAAUCAAGAAAACAUGCUUACUCACCCGAAUCAGAUGGUGAAAGCCGGCAUAAAAAGCACCGGAGAGACCACCGGGACUCCCGCAGAAAUGGCGGACAUGAGGAACUUGAAGAUGGAGAGCUUGGGGAGGAUGAAGAAAUCCAGUAGUCGUAUUGGUUUGUGGAAGAUUCAGGUAAUUUCAUGGCCUAGACAUAGUGGACACAUCUUCGUCGGGCAUACAUAGUAUGGUUUCAGAGAUGAUACGGUGUAUGCAUUGUUAAUUAUGACAGUAGGACUAAUUUGUAACAAAUUGUGUUCCUGAAUGACGUAUGGAAAGGUAUGUUGGAUUUCUGUGUUAGCAUGGGGCGUUUAGGAAAAGAUCAACGGGACAUGUAAUGGAAAAAUGAACUAGUGAUUUGUAGGAAAGCACAAGGGUCAAAUAAUACGAGCACUUCUAAUUA